AUGACAAACCAGGAGAAACAGGCCCACCUCAGCACCUCAGAAUUUUCCCAGCUUCAGAAAUAUGCUGAAUAUUCUACAAAGAAAUUAAAAGAUAUUCUUGAAGAAUUCCAUGGUGAUGAGGUGCUUGCAAAGUAUAAUCCUGAAGGGACAAUAGAUUUUGAAGGUUUCAAGCUAUUUAUGAAGACAUUCUUGGAAGCUGAGCUUCCUGAUGAUUUCACAACACAUCUUUUCAUGUCAUUUAGCAACAAGUUUCCUCAUUCCAGUCCAAUGGUAAAAAGUAAGCCUGCUCUCCUCUCAGGUCGUCUGAGAAUGAAUAAAGGUGCCAUCACCCCUCCCCAUACUUCUCCAGCAAAUACGUGUUCCCCAGAAGUAAUCCAUCUGAAGGAGAUUGUCUGUUACCUGCCUCUCCUUGAAAGAGGAAGACCUGAGGAUAAACUGGAAUUUAUGUUUCGCCUCGAUGACAUGGAUGGAAAUGGCUUCCUGGACAGCUCGGAACUAGAAAAUCUCAUCAGUCAGAUGACACACGUGGCAGAGUAUCUUGAAUGGGACGUCACUGAACUUAAUCCAAUCCUCCAUGAAAUGAUGGAAGAAAUUGACUAUGACCAUGAUGGAAUGGUCUCUCUGGAGGAAUGGAUUCAAGGAGGCAUGACAACAAUUCCACUUCUUGUGCUCCUGGGCUUAGAAAAUAAUGCGAAGGGUGAGGGACAGCAUGUGUGACAACUCAAGCACUUUAACAAACCUACCUACUGCAAUCUUUGCCUGAACAUGUUGAUAGGUGUGGGGAACUGCUCCUUUUGCAGAUACACAGUCCACGAGCGCUGCGUGGCUAGAGCGCCUCCUUCUUGCAUCAAGACUUAUGUGAAGUCCAAGAAGAACACUGAUGUGAUGCGUCAUUACUGGGUCGAAGGCAACUGCCCAACCACGUGUGACAAGUGCCACAAAACAGUUAAAUGUUACCAGGGCUUGACAGGACUACAUUGUGUUUGGUGUCAGAUCACACUGCAUAAUAAAUGUGCUUCUCAUCUAAAACCUGAAUGUGACUACGGACCUUUGAAGGACCAUAUCUUACCACCCACAACAAUCUGUCCAGUGGUACUGGAAAGACAAGCAACAGUGAAAAAGAAAAAGGGUGGGUCCCAGCAGCCAAACAAAGUGGUUGACAAGAACAAAAUGCAAAGAGCCAACUACAUUACUGUGGAUGGACAAGGCCUACAGAUCACUCCUGUUCCUGGUACUCAUCCACUUUUAGUUUUUGUGAACCCCAAAAGUGGUGGAAAGCAAGGAGAACGAAUUUAUAGAAAAUUCCAGUAUCUACUAAAUCCUCAUCAGGUUUACAGUCUUGCUGGAAAUGGACCAAUGCCAGGGUUAAACUUUUUCCGUGAUGUUCCUGAUUUCAGAGUGUUAGCCUGCGGUGGAGAUGGAACUGUGGGGUGGAUUUUGGACUGCAUAGAAAAGGCUAAUGUAGUCAAGCAUCCUCCAGAGGCUGUUCUGCCUCUCGGGACUGGCAAUGACCUAGAAAGAUGCCUGCGAUGGGGAGGAGGUUAUGAAGGUGAGAAUCUGAUGAAAAUCUUAAAAGACAUUGAAAACAGCACAGAGAUCAUGUUGGACAGGUGGAAGUUUGAAGUCAUACCUAAUGACAAAGAUGAGAAGGGAGACCCAGGGCCUUACAGUAUCAUCAAUAAUUACUUUUCCAUUGGCGGGGAUGCUUCCAUUGCACACAGAUUCCACAUCAUGGGAAAAAAAACACCCAGAAAAAUUCAACAGUAG